GGACACUGCCUCCAAAACGUAACAUUUCUAAACAUUUCACUAAAUCUUUUCCAGGAAAUCACUAUGUUUUCAUUUUCUUCUAUGCCUCUUCUACAAACCCUAAUCAUAGGUAACCUACGUGGAGUUGUUUUGCAGAAAGAAGCUUUAUAUUCAAAAUCUCUCCAAACACUUUCCAUCGGACGUAUUGAGGAAAUAAAAGAUAAGGAAUUCAGAAAUAUUUUCUUAAAUUGUCCAAAUCUAAAGGUUUUAGAAAUAAAGAAUACAGAUUUUUCUAAAACUGAUGUUAGGAAAGUGCUGCUACCUCUGAAACACUUGAUAUCCUUAGCAAUUGUUAAUUGUGGAAUAAACCAGAUGACUCCUCUUAAUGAUUUUACAAACUUGACAUACAUAGAUUACAGCUUUAAUAGAAUUAAAGAAAUUCAAGGGAACGUCUUUCAAAAUUUGUCCCGUUUCAAUAAAUUUGUUCUCCAAAGCAAUAUUUUAAAUAAUAUCAAUCAAACAUUUUUGCCACAUGUUCUUUGGGAAAAGAAAGAGUUCUUCCUUGAUGUAUCAUCCAAUCCCUUUGACUGUGGUUGCCAAUUGGAGUGGUUCAGAGUUUGGGUAGAAAACAACAAAGAUAGGGCGAUUGGAUACCCAAACAGCUAUAUCUGCAAUUCUCCAUCUGAGUUAAAGGAGAAAAGCCUAUCCAACUUUGAUCCAGCUUCGGAAUGUCACAAAAUAAACCCGUAUAUUAUACUAACCUUCACUUCCCUUGGAUUUCUGUCAAUUCUGAUUUUCACUACAGUUCUCUUACGAAAAUUUCGCUGGGAUAUCAAAUAUUAUAUAUACAUUUGCAGAAAUAGAAAACCAAUGGGUUACAAAAGGUUUACAGAUGACGAAGAAUUUUUAUAUGAUGCUUUUAUUGCUUAUAACACAAACGACAGAAAAUGGAUAAUGUCUGAAUUGGUUCGAAUGCUAGAAAGAAACCACAAAUAUAAACUCUGUCUACAUGAAAGAGAUAUCAUUCCAGGUAGAGUUUAUGUGGAGGAAAUUCUUGAGAGUAUUGACACGAGCAGGAAGUUAAUUUUGGUGCUUUCCAAUAAUUUUAUGGAAGAUCAGUGGUGUAAAUAUGAAACAGCUCUUGCAAGUCACACUUUGGCGGACGGUGAUGGUCAUAAGCUUUUUCUAGUGUUGUUGGAGGACAUUCGUUCCGAACACAUCAACAGAUCCCUGAAAGUGCUCCUAAAAUCUAUCUCACAUGUGGAGUUGACAGAAAAUAAAACUGGUCAGAGAAUAUUCUGGGAAACUAUCAAGCAAUUCAUGGACAACAAUUGA